AGCCCCGAGUUGCCUACUCGGAGGACAGAGAGAGAGGGGGGAGAGAGAGAGAGAGAGAGAGAGAGAGAGAGAGAGAGAGAGAGAGAGAGACUGACUUACAGAGCAAAACCCUUCAUCCAUGGGGAGGACAGUCUGAGGGAGCCACAGCCUGCCUUGCCCACUAACUGGCUGACUUCUCUCCUCGCCUGGCAGUGGUAUGUCUCGGUCCUGCGUGAUUUAGGGAUAGUUGGCGCCUCCGCUGAGCUUUCAGACCAAGUCGCCGGGAGUUAACAUCUUCCCACCGGCAGGGAAGGGAGGAGUUGGCAAGAAUUUGGCUCGCCCGGUCCCCCCUGCAGUCCUCUGGUGUUGUGGAGCCGGGCCUCCGCCAUGACCGACACCGUGUUCAGCAGCAGCUCCAGCCGCUGGGUGUGUCCCAGCGACCGGCCCCUUCAGUCCAAUGACAAAGAACAGCUCCAGGCGGGCUGGUCCGUCCAUCCCGGGGGUCAGUCCGACAGGCAGAGGAAGCAGGAGGAGCUGACAGACGAGGAGAAGGAAAUUAUCAACAGGGUGAUCGCCCGGGCGGAGAAAAUGGAAGAGAUGGAGCAGGCGCGGAUUGGGCGUCUGGUGGACCGUCUGGAGACCAUGAGGAAGAACGUGGCUGGGGACGGGGUGAACCGCUGUAUCCUGUGUGGCGAGCAGCUGGGGAUGCUGGGCUCUGCCUGCGUCGUGUGCGAGGACUGUAAGAAGAACGUCUGCACCAAGUGUGGGGUGGAGACCUCCAACAACCGCCCGCAUCCUGUGUGGCUCUGCAAAAUCUGCAUCGAGCAGAGGGAGGUGUGGAAGCGUUCUGGAGCCUGGUUCUUCAAGGGCUUCCCCAAACAGGUCCUCCCACAGCCUAUGCCUAUAAGGAAGACAAAACCCAAGCAGCCUGACACUGAGCCCGCUGUCCCAGAGCAGCCUACCCCCGAACCCAAGCACCCUGUCCGGGCUCCAACUCAAGGUGACACCGAAGACAGGAGGGGCCCAGCUCAGAAGCCAGGCCCUGAGCUGGCCACUGCGCCUGGCCGAGGAAGCUAUGGGCCUCCAGUGCGCAGGGCCUCUGAGGCACGAAUGAGCUCCGCCAGCCGGGACUCGGAGGGCUGGGGCCACGGCCAUGGCGGGGCAGCCGGGGACUCCAGCCGGAGCCCAGCAGGCUUGAGACGGGCCAACUCAGUCCAGGCCUCCAAACCCGCCCCAGCCUCGACGCCGAGCCAGGCACCUCCUCAGCCCGGGCAGCCAGCGCCCCCUGGAGGCAGCAGGCCCGGCCCUGGGCCAGCAGGACGCUUUUCCGACCAGAGACCAGACGCGGCCCCCAGCGACCUCUGCUAUCCGGGGGCCUCCAUCCCACCCUGGGAGGAGCGAUUAGGAGCCGGAGCCAGGGAGGACCGGGCGGGCCACCCACCAGGCCCUUAUUCCCAAGCGUCUGCUGCCGCCCCCCAGCCCGUCGCCACCCCUGCCCGCCAGCCCCCGCCCCCGGAGGAGGACGAGGAGGAAGCCAACAGCUACGACUCGGAUGAAGGGACCACCCUGGGCGCCCUGGAAUUCAGCCUUCUGUACGACCCGGAGAACAGCUCCCUGCACUGCACCAUCAUCAAGGCCAAGGGACUGAAGCCCAUGGACUCCAACGGCCUGGCCGAUCCUUAUGUGAAGCUGCACCUCCUGCCUGGAGCCAGCAAGUCCAACAAGCUUCGGACAAAGACCCUGCGGAACACCCGGAACCCCGUCUGGAACGAGACCCUCGUCUACCAUGGCAUCACGGACGAGGACAUGCAGCGCAAGACCCUCAGGAUCUCUGUCUGUGAUGAGGACAAAUUUGGCCAUAACGAGUUUAUCGGUGAGACCAGAUUCUCCCUCAAGAAGCUGAAAUCCAACCAAAGAAAGAACUUCAACAUCUGCCUCGAGCGCGUGAUCCCGAUGAAGCGCGCCGGGACCACCGGGUCCGCCCGCGGCAUGGCCCUCUAUGAGGAGGAGCAGGUGGAGCGCAUCGGAGACAUAGAGGAGCGCGGCAAGAUCCUGGUGUCACUCAUGUACAGCACCCAGCAGGGAGGCCUCAUCGUGGGCAUCAUACGCUGCGUGCACCUGGCCGCCAUGGACGCCAACGGCUACUCGGACCCGUUCGUCAAACUCUGGCUGAAACCAGACAUGGGGAAGAAGGCCAAACACAAGACUCAGAUUAAGAGGAAAACCUUGAAUCCUGAAUUUAACGAGGAGUUCUUCUAUGACAUCAAGCACAGCGACCUGGCCAAGAAGUCGCUGGACAUCUCGGUCUGGGACUAUGACAUCGGCAAGUCCAACGAUUACAUCGGCGGCUGCCAGUUGGGCAUCUCGGCCAAGGGAGAGCGCUUGAAACACUGGUACGAGUGUCUGAAGAACAAGGACAAGAAGAUCGAGCGCUGGCACCAGCUCCAGAACGAGAACCACGUGCCCAGCGACUAGGAUGGCGCCCAGCUCCCUAGCUCUGUGCCCAGGUCCCCCCUCCCCCAGCCUGCCCUGCGGCCCACUGCACUCUGGUCUCUCCCCUGAAUGCCCCCCACCCCUCCCCUGCCGCCCUCUCUGAACCUGCUUUUGGGGUCCCCUUCACCUCGGGUGUUGCCGCCAAAGAACUACUCCGCCCCCCGCGAUGCUGCUGCCAGGC